AUGAAUCUGAGCAAGUCCGGCGGCGCUCCGUCCAGCGCGAGCUCCGUGGACGAGCUGGUCAUCACGUCGACUUUCGGCACGCUGCUCUCGCUCGUUUACGUGGUCGGCGUGUCGGGCAACGUGUACACGCUGGCGGUGAUGUGCCACUCCAUCCGCUUCGCCACGUCCAUGUACAUCUCCAUCAUGAACCUGGCCCUGGCGGACCUGCUCUACCUCUCCACCAUCCCCUUCGUGGUGUGCACGUACUUCCUGAAGGACUGGUACUUCGGGGACGUGGGCUGCCGCAUCCUCCUCAGCCUGGACCUCCUCACCAUGCACGCGAGCAUCUUCACCCUCACGGUCAUGUGCACGGAGCGCUACCUGGCCGUCACCAAACCUCUGGACACGGUCAAGCGCUCCAAAAGCUACCGGAAAGCCAUGGCGUGGGGCGUGUGGCUCCUGUCCCUGCUCCUGACCCUGCCCAUGAUCAUCAUGGUCAACCAGACCACCAAAAAGGCCGCGGAUGGGGCGCUGAAGCGGAUGUGCGCGCCAACCUGGGCGCCCGAGGCGUACAAGAUCUACCUGACCGUCCUCUUCUGCACGAGCAUCAUGGCGCCCGGGCUCAUCAUUGGCUACCUGUACACCCGGCUGGCCAGGACGUACCUGGAGUCUCAGAGGAGCUCAGCCGCCAACAAAGGCAACAAGCGCUCGCCCAAGCAGAAGGUUCUCAUCAUGAUCUUCACCAUCGUGCUGGUGUUCUGGGCGUGUUUCCUGCCCUUCUGGAUCUGGCAGCUCCUGCCGCUGUACCACCAGCCCCUCAGGCUGGCCUCCCACACGCACACCUGCAUCAACUACCUCGUGGCGUGUCUGACGUACAGCAACAGCUGCAUCAACCCUUUCCUCUACACGCUGCUGACCAAGAACUACAGAGAGUACCUCAAAAACCGCCACAAGAGCUUCUACCGCUACACGUCGUCCUUCAAGAAGCGCCCGCCGAGCUUGUACUCGUGGGGGAAGUCCGCGUCCUCCAGCAACCAGUUCGAGUUCAACUCCGAGACGCUGGUGAUGGCGCAGCUGAAAGUGCAGUGAGGCGAGGAUGGAGAGAAGUAGAGGAACAAGUGAAC